UUAUCUAAUAUGUGUGGCCUUUAUUCACAAGUCGGACUAUACAUACUAUACUACAUAUUACAGUAGGCAGAUAAAAGUGCUAAACUGUCAUUUCUCCUGUGUCUGUACAUUACACUACAAUAUGCUGGAAACAGGAAAUUUAAUUCAUAUUGAAAUUUAUAUUUUUCUUCCUUAAACUAAUAUGCGUCAACACCUAGAGAACCGUACAAAGGAAACAGAACAGAAGAUACUUUAUUCCCUAAUUGAUUAUGUUGCCUACAAACACAUGCUUAGCCCCAAGUUCAAAAUCACGGUGUAUGUUCAAAUACGGGCUGUCGUACUGUGCAGAUAGACUCCGCACAGCACACCGUGCUCCCUUAAAUAACCUCCUCGCCUGCACCGGGCGAAAAUGGAAGGGCGGAUAGAUGAAUAUUCAAUAAAGCAGAAUGAAUUUUGCACUUUAGCAAAGAGAUGAAUGACCUUGACCCCCCCUCCCCCUUUAGUCCAUCCGUGUGCCGAUUGGCCGCUGGGGCUUAGGCUGCCAUUUGCCUGUGCAGUCUAACGACUGACUAUGGAUGAACAAAAAAGCUAUUUAUAAAUAUUUAAUACCUCGCGCAUCAUACAAACGGAUAUGAACAUUGUUUUAAUGUGUAUUAACAUGCUACGAUAUUUCUAGAAAAUGUGUUUUCCUUGAAAUAUUAAAUAUCCCACAACGUUAGUUUAUUAUACGACAGGUACAUAAUAAAAUACAAAGAAAACCCCGUUCUUAUUGCCAGGUCCUUGAAAUACUUGUACCUGCCUAUUACUAGCAAGUCUUCUGUUUAUUGAUUUUUAUUAUUUGUAUAAAUACAUAACUGCCCGCAGUUCACCUUGAAACGUGCAUGGCAGUGUCCCCCCUCUCCGCCCCGCGCACGUGUGGCCGUACUCGUGCACAUCCGGACGCGGCGCCGCGCGCAAGGUGGCCUCGUGCAGGAGCUCCGAGUCUGCGGCACGCCGUACCUGCGGAUUGGGGUAGAGGGUCGCCGGGUCACGGUUAUUGUUGAUAUUUGCGGGCUUUGUGACGUCACUUGACGCACAAAACAAAGGAGGGGGGCGUCUCGCGGACUCCAAUCCUGCAGCCGCCGGCACUCUAGUUUCACUCCUUGCUCGUCAAUUUCUGAUUUACUUCUGGCUCCUAUUCACCACCCACCCCCGUUCCCUCCCCACUCCCCUCUUUCCUCAUUCGUAACAGUUUAUGUGUCAGUAGCGCGAGAAGGGAAAAAAUAAAGAAAGAGGAGGAGAGGAAGAGAGACGGGAAGACGGCCUUUUUCACUUUCUCUUUAAAGAGAAGCGGUAUGGCGGAGGAGAAGCUGCGAAGAAAGCAGCCGAAGCAAAUCAAGCUGAAGCGGGCGAUCGAGGGCAGAGCAGCUUCACGAAGCGGAGCCCUGCAAGCCGCGUCCGCGGGAUACCUGCGUGACACGUUUUGAUCGCGUCCUUUUUGUUUCGUUUUUCUUUUGUAUCAUUUUGAUUCACUGCGCUCACGUCCCAUGCCGUAGCCGAGAAAGUCAUUUCCUCGAGUUGUCACUUUGUUUUUUUUCUUUUCACGCCACUACUUGAUGACUGGGUUUUGAAGCGCCUGGAGUUUCUUUUCGCCUUGCUGUCGGAGGUCGAUUUUGUCCGUCUCUUGCUCGCACUUUUCAGCCCGCAGCCAAACUCAUCCCCCCCCCCCUUUCUCCGCUCGAUCACUCUAACGAGUUCUUGCGAAGCCCUUUGGUGCAUUUGCGCAGGGAGCAUGGGGGCAAAGCAGAGUAGCCCGGCCGCCAAUGGUCGAACCCGGGCUUAUUCGGGAUCGGAUCUGCCCUCCGGAACCUCCACCGGCAACGGUGACGGUAGGACCGCGGCCAUGGCGAUGAGAUACGGCGCGUACGGUGCCUCAGCUCACGGGUCUUCCAGAGCCGCUUCCGCCGCGGCGCAGCACCACGGAUCCAGGACGAGAACCGUGGGGGGCGGCGGCAGCGGUGGAGGAGGGGGAUCCGGAUCCAGGCCCCAGUCGGGCAUUAAUAUCCCAAAUAGCUCGCAAGGAUCCGGCAACAGCACGCCAGAGGAAAACGCCGGAGAAAGAGACGGGUCAGGCGGCGGUCACGGGGCUCCCCGGCUGGUCAUAGGGUCGCUGCCAGCGCACCUUUCCCCCCAUCUGUUUGGAGGCUUUAAGUGUCCCGUUUGCUCCAAGUUUGUCUCCUCAGAUGAAAUGGAUCUACACCUGGUUAUGUGCCUGACGAAGCCCAGAGUGACGUACAAUGAGGAUGUCCUAACCAAGGAUGCAGAGGAGUGUGCGAUUUGCCUAGAGGAGCUGGUCCAGGGUGACACCAUCGCACGGCUGCCCUGCCUCUGCAUCUACCACAAGGGCUGUAUAGAUGAGUGGUUUGAGGUGAACAGAUCAUGUCCGGAGCAUCCAUCGGAUUAAAGAACGCCCUAACUGUUUGCACAGAUUUUGCUCCCUUUUUGUGGAUCUGCUCCAAUUACGACAUGCAGCAAUCUGAUUAUGCUCCCCCGUCUUGUUGCCAUGGAGACUGCAGCGAAUACCGACUGGCACACGCACAGCAGAGCGGACUCCACAGUGGAGAGACGUACGUGGCGUCCAAACGAGUUCGUACAAGUUCUUGGUUGUGCCAAAACACGUGAAAGCAACCUUCAGGGAACCUCUUGUGACACUUCACACGUUUGUGUUUGCACACUGUCUUCUCUCUCCACGACAACCUCAGCUGACCGACUGCAUUCCAACCUCCGGGGCCACCGUGGCUGCCAGUCCCCCGUCACUGCUGCACAACUGUCCAAUCAGGAAGCAGUGUUGCUGGAUCAGCAA